AUGGGGAAAGGCGCAAAAAAACGUAAAAAGAAAAUUGAUUCUGAGGAGGCCGGGUCUGAUAGUUCGGCAGACUAUAAUUCAAUGAAGUCAUUUGAAGUAGAACCUCCAAAGGAUAAGUAUGAAGUCUUCAAGAUUCCUGAUUAUGUUCGAUAUUAUCCAGAAGAUGGCGGCAACUUUGAAUAUGUUGUCUUCAUGGAAAGUACGAAGCCUGAGCAACCUCUGGGUGCUCGAGAUAUGAUGUCCCUUGCAAAUUCCCUGAAAAGAUACAAUAAAGGAGUGAAACAGCUGCAAAGAAUAAAUAAAUUUAAAAUUGGAGUCAUAUUUGAGCGGCCCGGCCUGGCGAACGCUGCUCUAACAAAUAAAAAAUUUUUGGAUUCGCAUAAUCUGAAAGCGUCGAUACCAGCGUCCUCAAGUGAGGUCACUGGUGUAAUAACUCACGUGCCUACAGACCUCUCUAAUGAACAAAUAUAUUCUGCAUUGACAUCAACCAAAAACAUUGUCACUAUUCGAAGAUUUAUGAGACGUGUCAAAAACGAUUUUGGAGAGUUCAAUUUAGAGCCAACAAAGACUGUAUCCAUAACUUUUUCAUGCCCAAAUUUACCCGAAAGUGUUGACCUCAACAGCUGGCGGUUCGAGCUUCGUCCGUAUAUUCCACCAGUUAAACAAUGCUUGAAGUGUUUGCGGUAUGGACAUAUCGCAAAGUUUUGUAAAAAUGCUGAACGCUGCUCCAUCUGCGGUGAGUCUCACAAUUUUAAAGUUUGCACCAAGCUACCCAAGGAUGCUUCUUGUUGUCACUGCAAAGGAAAUCAUAUAGCUAUAUCAUCUCAAUGUCCAGUCAAAAAAGAACAAAUAGAAUUAAACAAACAGAAAGUGGAGACCAGAUCGUAUGCCUCUAUAAUUAACCAGAAGUCCUUCCCUCCGUUGAAGCAACAUCCAACUGACCUCCUAGCAUCUUUACUUAACUCAGAUCAAAUACUAAACAUGGUUGUGGAAUCAGUGGUGAAGCUGGUUGCUAUGCACAAAAAUAGUGAGGCAUCAAUUUGCUCACAAAGUAUUAAGGACACGCUCUUGGAUACUAUAAAGAGAAACAAGAAAUCUCAAUAG